AUGACUCCCCUUGCGCGCCACCGCGCCGUGCAUGCCGCCCUGCAGGAGGUCAUGCCCAAGGUUCACGCGAUCACCAUCAAUGCCCUUACCCCGGCCGUGUAUGCCAAGCAGCAGCAGAAGGCCCAGGAGUAG